AUGACACCAGUGUUGGCUAAUGGAGUUGAAAAGACAGACUGGCAGUCAACAAUAGGACUAGAAGCAAUGAAGCACUGGCCUGCUUUUGUGCUAGCUGGGGAAAGUGACCCAACUGGGAAAAGGACAAGGCCAGUAUAUUUUUGCUGGUGUAAACAUUUACUCAGAGAUGUUUCAUUUAUUCAGAUACCUUUGAUGAAUGGGCAGAUGGGUCAUCCUCCAAGACCUCAGGCAAACUAUAGUCAAAUCCAUCAUGCUGCAUCCCAAACAUCUGUGGCAAGACACCCUUCUAGAGAGCAAUUGAUUGAUUAUCUGAUGCUUAAAGUUGCCCAUCAGCCUCCCUAUAGUCAGUGCCAGGGUCCAGCCAGACAAUGCCAUGAGGUAUCAAAGCAAGAGAUUCGAGUAAGAAUUGAAAAAGAUCCAGAACUUGGAUUUAGUAUAUCAGGAGGAAUUGGGGGUAGAGGAAAUCCCUUCAGACCUGAUGAUGAUGGUAUAUUUGUGACUAGGGUACAGCCUGAAGGACCUGCAUCCAAAUUGUUGCAGCCAGGAGAUAAAAUUAUUCAGGCUAAUGGAUAUAGCUUCAUCAGUAUUGAUCAUGGCCAAGCAGUAUCUUUGCUAAAGACUUUUCAGAACACGGUGGAACUUAUUAUUGUUCGAGAGCUUUCUUAAAUACUGUGGAGGAAGAGGAAAUGUCUGUGUAAUUUUUGAAGGACUCAUGAAAAACUGAAUAUUUUGAUUAUUUUUGUAUGCAAAACUUUUAAAACUAUGUACAGUAAUAAAAUAAUGAAUUUGUGGUUAUGGGGAAAAACCACUGUAAAGAAUAUAAAUGAAACAGUUAUGGAAAUGCAUAUGGUAACUAGAGGUUAAAUUGUUUUAAAGCAUUGUAGCAAUCAAGGAUCACUCCUCCAAGAACAAACCUGUGGUGUAUUUUGUACAGAUGGUAGGUUUAUUUUGUGGAUAAUUCAUAUGCAUUAAAGAACUUUGUGUACAAGGAGCCUCCAUUGUAGCCAGUGGACAGAUGGCAGGGCUUUCUGUCCUAUAGCAGUUUUGUUGCCUUUAAUUUUUGUUCACUUGUUUAUAGUAUCUUUGUUGAAACCACUUCGGUAGAGUUGGUAAGAAGUUUUAAAAGUUGGCUUUGCAAUGUGCAUAUUGUAUGGAUGAAUUGGUAGAUUGAAAGUGGAGUGAUUGGAUUAAAUUAAAAGGCCAGGUAAAAGCAUGAAAUAAAAAAAAAGAAAGGGAGAGGGGCUUAAUGUGAGAAUCUAUAUCUACCAAUAGAAAAAAUGCAAUAAAACAUGAAGGUUUUUUUUAGGCAAAGACUGUAAAUAUACGUCUGGAAGUUCUAUAGGAUUGGUUCAUAUCAAAUCCAUUGCCUGUCAUAUUCCUACAUAUAUUUUAGUUUUGAAUGUUUUUAAUCACACAAGUUUUUUUUUCUAAUUUGUGCUGUGGAGUUGUACUGAGAAGGUACUCUCUUGUUACAAAAAUCCCUGGUUUUAUAUAAAAAGAUGAUUUUCUUCUGCCUUGUAUGAAAUGCUCCAUAUUCAACUUAUUUAUACAUUUUUUAAAAAGAAACUAAAAUGGCCAGUUUUUGCUGUGUUGCCUGUAAUGUAUCUUGAUGCAUACAUGCAUUGAAUUUUUACAUGUGCAUGUUCUGAGUAGAAAAGCUGUGCUCUUUUUAAUGGGGCUUAUGAUACUGAGCCCUAUGAAGAUUGGGCUGCCUAGGAAUAAACGAUUCAGAAACAACUCUUGAUUUUAUUUGGCCUUCAGUUGUCUUGUGAGACAAAAAGGAAAUAAUACAUAUGGAGCUGUAACCAAAGCCAGGUUAUGUGACACCGUUGCACAGCGAUGGAAGGUUGCUACUGGAAGGUUGUAAAGAGACAGGUGUUUGGGGCCUACCAGUUUGUAUGAUCUUCCUCAAAGGGCUGUUCCUACAGGUGACAUUAAAUGUGAACUAGACACUUCAGAGUCAUUAAAGGGUUUCUAACUAUAUUAAUGUAAGAGUGAUUUAUUACAAACUGCCUUUGUUCCUUAUGACUUGUAUAAAAUAUUGGAUUAUACAUAAUGUUUAUGACAAAUGUUUAUUUUCUUCAUUUUCAUGAUGUAACAGGGAUGAGAUUGCCUAAUCCACAAGAUAAUAAGUAAUACAUAGUUAUUAUGGACCACAGAAAAGUGCCAUAGAAGACCAGUAACUGUUUUUAAAGGUGAAUGAUUUAACCCAUCAUUGGAAAAAUAUUCAGUUAAUUGAAAUUUUAAUAGAAAUUAAUAGUUUUAAAAAGAAAUCUAGCAAAGCAGCAGUCUGUUAUAGAUGUUGCAAAAGCAUACUUGAAUGGAAAAGAAUCUACAUUGUUAACUGUCAGUACUUUUUAAAUACAUAAACUCCAAUAAUAUUGCACUUCAAAGAAAUUAACAACUUAAAAUUGUAAUGCAUAUUUCUUAAUUUUAAUUGAAACCCUUUAACAACUCUUUGUACAUUAACUUUAAUUGAUUUCAUUAAUAUUUACAUAGGCAUCGAUUUUUUUGUAUUAGCAGAAAUGUGCUGUAUUUUGGUUAAAUUCAUUUGUUUUCUGUAUGCUGUUAAUCUUUAAAAAACAAAAAACAUAGCUAUAUGAUGACAGGCUUCAGUGUUGCUAUUUUUAUUUACAGUUUAUUCAGUGAUUCACAUUCAUAUUCAUUGCUUUUAAUUACUAAAUUCAGUCUUUUAAUGAAGGGAAUAUAAAGAAAUAUAAAACCAUAAUUAUGUGAAAGAUAAAAAGUCUCAAAUCUGAUUAUGGACCCAAUUUAUCUUUGCAUACAAGACAUAAGAAUGAAAUACAUUGCAUUUUGUAUGAAAUGAUAAACUUUCUAAACUAAAUUAGAAUUUUAUUUGAAUAAUUUUUGUUCAAAAGCAUUGCCAAAAAUUCUCAUUGUUUAAAGUAACAAUGUAAGAAAAAUUGGUGCUUAAGGUCUGUUUGCAAGGAAAUAAAAUAUUGCUUAAGGAUAUUUUGUGGGGAAAACUCACAUUUUGAAAUGCAUUAUUCCCUAUGUGUUUGUCAGAAUAUAUGUUUUAGAGAUUGUUGAAAAAGAAGCUCGCUGAAAUGGAAAACCUUUCUUGAAACCAUGGAUUUCUGAUGUUUCUCAUUUUGUCAAAAUAUAUCUGGAAAUUUGAUAUUUUCUAGGUAUAGAAUGGAUCAUGUUAUCAAUUCAGGGUUGUUUUUUUUUGGUAUCAGUUCUUUAAAGAAUCGGUUCAAGUGAAAUUUUUGGAAAAAUUCCCACAUAUUUAUUGUGUAAAUAUUUUUUUUACUAUUUUUGACUGGAGUUUAAAAAUGUGUACAUACUUGAACACAUCCUGUGAACACAAUCAUAGCAAUAAGUGACACACAGAACCAAGCCUUUAUCAUUAAUUUGCUGUAUACUACUUUUUAAAAUAACUAUUCCCUUGUCAGCAGCUCUGUAAUGUUUUUAUUGAUCAGCAUUUAUUCAGCAUUCCAAAUUUUUGUAUAUAAUUAAAUUGUUUCUGGAGUAACACACGGAGAAUAGAUAAUAAACUAA